AUGACUCAAGUAACACUAGUUUCUCAGCCCCAAACUCGCACCAACUCACUAUACCCAUCUAGUUUAGCCAUCAAAUCUGAGGGCGAGAGCGAUGAACCACCUCCAAACCAAGCGUUGUUGAAGUAUGGUAGUCUUGGGAAGAGAAUUGCCAAGACUAAGGACGCGAUUGCGAAGAUCUUUAACAGACCUGAUUGUGGGAAGCAUAUGAUGAGGAACUUUAGAGGAACUCACUUUGGUAAUAAUGUGGUCAGCAUUGCUAGGUGUGCUGUGUUGGAAUUUCAGAAGCUUGCGGUCUGUUCGGAAGUGGCGUUGCUUGAUCCUCCUACCUCUGUUGUGUUGGCUGGUUCCCCACCGCCCUGGGGUGCUAUAAAAGCUAAUUUUGAUGCUUCUAUUUUUCCAAAUUCAGAGACUUGUGGUAUUGGUUGUAUUUUGAGAGAUGAUUCUGGUGUGGUAAUUGUUGUUUUGGCUAAAAAAUAUUAAGAGGGACUUCUCUCCUUAUACUGGUGAAGCUUUGGCUAUUAGAGAACCUGUGUUGUUGGCUAAGGAGUUAGGAAUUUCGGGUUUGAUUAUUGAGUCUGAUGCAAAAAAGGUUGUGGAUGAUCUUAGAGGCGGCAACUCCCUUGCUCCCGAAAAUAUUAUUUCAGAUAUUCUCUCUUUGGUGGCAGGUUACAAGGAUUUUUCUUUCAAUUUUACCAGCCGAUCUAACAAUGGUU